AUGGAAGGGUUAAAUCAAAUUAUGAAAAAGACAACGGCGAACAACGUCUUUAAAGGUGUGCAACUUCCGAACCAAGGUCCUAUCAUUUAUCAUGUCUUUUACGCCGACGAUGUCAUCUUCAUUGUUGAAUGGUGCGAGAAUAAAUUGUUGAAUCUUGCUAGGAUUCUUCGUUGUUUUCAUCUAGCUUUGGGUCUUAAAGUGAAUUUUGUUAAGAGUAAGGUGUUGGGUAUUCGUGUUGCGGAGCCGGAGGUUAAUAGAUUAGCGUCCAUCCUCAGUUGUGAAGCCGUGUCCUUUCCCUUCAUUUUCCUUGGCUUACCGGUGGGCGCAAAUAUGACGCUAACUAAAAAGUGGAUUCCUAUAGUAGAGCAGCUAAAGUCGAGAUUGAGCUCAUGGAAGGCUUCUUGCCUUUCUUUUGGUGAGAGGCUCACUUUGGUGAAAGCCGUGCUUGGUUCUGUCCCGGUAUAUUUUCUGUCUAUGUUCAAGGCGCCUAUUAAAACCAUUGAGGCCUUAGAAAAGAUUAGAAGAAGAUUUUUGUGGGGAGGUGCAAUUGACAAGAAUAAGAUUAGUUGGGUAGCUUGGCGUAAGAUUACUAUGCCACAAUCUUAUGGCGGGCUUAGUGUUGGAGGGCUUCGGAUUAUGAAUUUAGCCCUCCCAUGGAAGUGGUGGUGGAGGUGGAGAAUUGAUUCUGAAGCUCUGUGGCACACUUGUAUAUCCGCCAUACAUAAGGUCAAUUCUAUUGAUGAUGGUAGAAUGGCCAGCAACUUAGUCUCAGGUACAUGGCUCACUAUCUCGAAGAUUGGUAAUGAUUUGGUUGAUGUGGGUGUGGACCCGAGGUGCAUGAUCGUUCGAUCGGUGCGUAGGGGUAACCUCACUAGUUUUUGGUACGAUUCCUGGGUGUGUAGGUUCCUGCUGAAAUCUAUCUUUCCUAGAUUGUAUGACUUGGAAUCCAAGAAGAAGUGUCUCGUGAAAGACCAGGUGACUUGUGACUCGGAUGGGACGUUUUUUCCGACUUGGAAGUGGAAGAAACUGAGGCUCUCUGAGGUAGAGUUAGAAGAGAUUUCUGAUCUGGAAGAUUUGUUAAGUAUAUUCCCCUUUGGCCCAGAUUCGGAUACUUGGAAGUGGAGGGAUGACAACAUCAAUGGCUUCUCGGUAAAAUCUGCGAGAAAGGUGAUCGAGCUCGCGCUUUAUGGUUCAGAAAAAAAGAUUUGUGAAUGGGUGAAUUGGGUUCCGCUUAAAAUAAAUUGUUUCGUUUGGAGGCUCCUCCAAAACAGAGUUCCUGUGGCGGAAAACCUUCAGGCGCGGGGUAUUAUGUCCAUCUCAGUUUACUGCGCAGAUUGCACAGGUGUUGGGGAAUCUGUGAUUCACGCCUUUCUUGACUGCACCUUCGCGAGAGGCGUUUGGAGGAGGGUAUCCAUGUGGACGUCUUGGGACUUCACAGGCUUUGACAACUUGGUUCAGAUGCAUGAUCUGAUUGUGAAGGAGGUCCAUGGCAGGAAGAGAAACACUUUGCUGUAUAUGCAUCAUUAUUCCAACAUAAAUACAACACCAUUGUCAAAUAUUACUACAAUGUCUAUUAACACUCAUCGUUUAAACACAGAUACUACCAAGUCUGAGAGUCAGGACAGGAGAAAAUUACGAAAACUGUAUUUGGAUUCAAGAAAGGCUAAAAACUGUUCUGUUGCAGAUCAUGUUUUUAAUAACAAAGAGAAUGUCAUCAAAAAUUCACUAUCUUUUAGUAAUUGUACCAAUGGAAGUAUGAGAAGCCCUUUCUCUGACAUUACAUCAGGUUUAAACACAGACACUACCAAGUCUGAGAGUCAGCAAAGGAGAAAGUUACGAAAAUUGUAUUUGGAUUCAAGAAAGGCUAAAAACUGUUCUAUUGCAGAUCAUGUUUUUAAUAACAAAGAGAAUGUCAUCAAAAAUUCACUAUCUUUUAGUAAUUGUACCAAUGGAAGUAUGAGAAGCCCUUUCUCUGACAUUACAUCAGAUAUGGCUGGUUACAGAAACAGAAAUAAUUCCAUGGACAUUUGUAACAGUCAACAUAGGCAAAAUUUAAGCAAGAGUAUUUUUGAUGAAAGAAAUUUGAAUGACUUUUCCAUUGAACAAGUUCAUGAAUGUGAUAUUAAAAAAGACGAAUUUGUCGGCAUUUCAAAAGAUUACGUUGAUCACUUUGAUCAGAAUGUCACUUGCGAAAUAUGCCAAGCAAAAUUAUGGGGUGACGAAGCUCGUAGAAUGAGUACAAAAAGCCAAUUAAAUUCAAGUUAUUCAAUGUGUUGUGCAUAUGGUAAAGUUCAACUUCCUAACAUGAAGGAACCACCUUCGAGUUAUCAGUGUCUUUUUAAUUCUUUAGAUUCAAAAAGCAAGGCAUUCCUGAAGAACAUCCGUCGAUACAAUUCCAUGUUCUCAUUUACGUCCAUUGGUGGAAAAGUUGAUUCUACCAUUAAUAGAGGCAAUGCUCCUUAUAUAUUCAGAUUAGGUGGUCAGAAUUACCAUAGAAUGGGAAGUCUUCUACCAGAAGAUGGAUCUAAACCAAAAUUCUCCCAGCUUUAUAUAUACGACACUGACAAUGAAGUUUCAAAUAGACAAGCCAUUUUUGGUGAAUCUAGUAAAGCUUCUUCAUCAACAUCCCGGGAUCUUGAUCUUCAAGUUAUACAACAUAUACAGAAUAUGUUAGACUCGGAGAAUGUUUUGGUUAAAACAUAUCGGAUUGUAAGAGAUUUUUUUAAAGAAAACUUCCAGGCUAACCUAAAGUUGCGGCUCAUUGGAAGAAGGCAACAAGAUGGAAGAACAUACAACUUACCAACCGCUUCUGAAGUGGCAGCUUUAAUUGUUGGUGACAUUGGCGAUUCCUUAGAAAAUAGAGAUAUUAUUGUUGAAACGAAAUCUUGUGGUCUACAACGUAUUAGUGAGUUACAUCCCUCGUAUCUUGCUCUCCAGUAUCCUCUUUUGUUUCCUUAUGGUGAUGAUUGCUACAGAAUUGACAUUCCUCAUAGAGGUGUUACUCCUUCGACAUCAACCAAACGAACAUAUGUCACUAUGAGAGAAUUCUUUGCAUACAGGAUACAAGACAGGCAAGGUGUUUUUUCAUUAAUUCUAAAUUCACGUCGCCUAUUUCAACAAUUCUUAGUUGAUGCGUAUACCAUGAUUGAAACUGAGAGACUAAAUUACAUACGUCAUCAACAGAAGGUUCUAAGAUGUGAUACUUAUGAGAACCUUUCCAAUUUACGUAACCAUGGUGAUAUAAAUGUAUCCACCACUGGAAAGCGUGUCAUAUUGCCUUCGUCAUUUACUGGAGGUGCUCGGUAUAUGAUGCAGAACUAUUUAGAUGCAAUGUCUCUAUGUAAGUGGUAUGGAUAUCCAGAUUUUUUUAUAACAGUAACAUGUAAUCCGAAAUGGCCUGAAAUUAAAAGAUUUCUUAAGGACAGCAAUUUAAGUCCUGAAGACCGGCCUGAUAUCCUAUCUAGAUUGUUUAAAAUCAAGCUCAAUGCUUUGAUUAAAGACUUGAAGGAGAAGUCAUUACUUGGCAAAGUGUCAGCAGUUGUUUAUACUGUGGAGUUUCAGAAGCGUGGGUUGCCGCAUGCGCAUAUAUGUUUAUUUAUGCAUCCCGAUCACAAGUUUCCAACUGUUGAACACAUUGAUCCCCUCAUUUCCGCUGAAAUUCCUGACAAAAACGAUGAUCCAGAGUUGUAUACUCUUGUCAGUGAUUUCAUGAUUCAUGGUCCUUGUGGUGAUGACAACAUCAACUGUCCAUGCAUGGUAGAUAAUAAGUGUUCGAAGGGCUUUCCAAAGAAAUUUCGUGAUCAUACAUCUAUCGAUAGGGAUGGUUUUCCUCUCUAUAGAAGAAGAGAUUCAGGAACAUUUGUUGAAAAAUCUGGAGUUAAGUUAGAUAACAGAAGUGUUGUUCCUUACAACAAAACACUUUUGAAGAGAUAUCAGUCCCACAUCAAUGUUGAAUGGUGCAAUCAGGCCGGAUCUAUAAAGUAUUUGUUUAAAUAUAUCAACAAAGGUCCUGAUCGGGUUACCGUUUCCAUUGUUGAAAGUAACACAUCAAACGAACCUGACCCGCCGGUGGAUGAAAUCAAAAAAUACUAUGAUUGUCGAUAUUUGUCUGCAUGUGAGGCAUCAUGGCGUAUAUUCGCUUAUGAUGUUCACUAUAGGUAUCCUGCUGUUAUUCGUCUCCCAUUUCAUCUUCCGAACCAACAAAAUGUCGUAUAUGGUGAAGAAGAUGAUAUUGAUCAAGUCCUCAACAGGCCGUCAAUGAAUUCUUCAAUGUUUUCAUCUUGGAUGGAUUGUAAUCAAAGUGAUGACGUGGCCCGAGAGCUUACUUACGUUGAAUUCCCUACAAAGUUUGUGUGGAAAAAGGAUGAACGGUGUUGGAAACGAAGGAAAACUACUGGUUUUUCAAUUGGAAGAAUUCAUGCUGUUUCUCCUACUCUUGGCGAGGCUUAUUUUUUGAGGAUUCUUUUAAACAAAGUUAAAGGUCCCCGAUCCUUUGAUGAUAUCCUCACUGUAAAUGGUCGUAAAUUUAAUACCUUUAGAGAAGCAUGUUAUGCUCACGGUCUAUUAGAUGAUGAUAUGGAAUAUAUAGAAGCUAUCCAAGAAGCAAGUCAUUCAGGCUCUGGUUUUUAUCUUCGCACAUUGUUUGCUACGAUGUUGACGUGUCACACUCUGUCUUUGCCGGAACGUGUAUGGCAAAAAACAUGGGAAUUAUUAUCAGAUGGCAUCCUUUAUAAACAACGACUUAUUUUAAAGGCUCCAGAUUUAUGCCUUACUGAUGAUCAAGUUAAAAAUCUCACAUUGUACGAGAUUGAGAAGAUUUUAAUUCGUAAUAAUUCCAGCUUACGAAAUUUUAAUACAAUGCCUUACCCUGAUCAUGAGUUGAUUUCUACUUCAAAUAAUCGUUUGAUUACUGAAGAGCUGGAUUAUGACAGAAUUGAUCUUCAAGAGGAGUUUGAGAACCUUUUAGUUUCAUUAACCGAUGAACAAAGAUUUAUUUAUAAUGAUAUCAUGAACGCCGUUGAAGACAACAAAGGUGGUGUUUUUUUUGUUUACGGUUAUGGAGGCACCGGUAAAACAUUUCUUUGGAAAACUUUAUCUGCAUCUCUAAGAUCGAAAGGGGAAAUUGUUUUAAAUGUUGCCUCAAGUGGGAUUGCAUCUUUGCUUCUUACAGGAGGUAGGACAGCUCACUCUCGAUUUCUCAUUCCGAUUAAUCUGACCGAAGACUCAAUUUGUCCUAUAAUCCCUAACAGUGAUGUUGCAAAUCUAUUAAAGAAAACAUCAUUGAUUAUAUGGGACGAAGCACCAAUGAUACACAGACAUGGUUUUGAAGCUUUGGAUAGAACUUUAAAAGAUAUAUUGAAAUGUGAUGGUUCUCAUAAUUCCGAAAGUCCAUUUGGAGGUAAAACAAUCGUAUUUGGUGGAGAUUUCCGACAAACUCUUCCUGUCAUUCAAGGUGGUACUAGACAAGACAUUGUUAAUGCUUCGUUGACUUCUUCGUACAUAUGGGACCAUUGCAAAGUACUCACUUUAACCAAGAACAUGAGAUUGAGUGCAGGAAAUGGAAUGCAUGAUGUCGAGCAAACACAAAUCUUUGCUCAGUGGUUGUUGGAUUUGGGUGAAGGGAAACUAGGCGGAUCUAACGAUGGUGAUGCGAUUAUAGACAUACCCGAUGAUCUUUUAAUCAUGGAUUCCGCUGAUCCAAUUUCAAGUCUUAUAGAUUUUGUUUAUCCUUCUCUUCUUGAAAAUUACCAAAAUUCCGGCUUUUACCAAGAAAGAGCCAUUCUUGCACCGACGAAUGAAGUUGUUGAUGAAAUUAAUUCUCAGUUGUUGUUGAUGUUCCCAGGAGAUUCCAAGGAAUACCUAAGUUCGGAUAGUAUUUGUGAGACAGAAAAUCUACAGGAUGGUUUUGAUCAAAGUUUAUACUCUCCUGACGUACUAAAUGGUCUUAAGAUCUCAGGUGUUCCAAAUCACAAAUUAGUACUAAAGGUCGGUGUUCCCAUCAUGCUCCUCCGAAAUAUUGAUCAAAAAAAUGGAUUGUGCAACGGAACUCGCUUAAAGGUAAUAUCACUUGGAAAUCGUGUUAUUGAAGCAGAAGUGAUAUCUGGAAGCAACAUUGGUGCUCGAAUUUUUGUUCCUAGAAUUGGUAUAAUACCGUCGGAUAAGAAGGUUCCUUUUAGAUUCCAAAGAAGACAGUUUCCUGUUGCUUUAUGCUUCGCUAUGACAAUUAAUAAAAGUCAAGGGCAGUCAUUAUCCAGAGUUGGUUUGUUUUUGAAAAAUCCAGUAUUUUCUCAUGGUCAACUUUACGUGGCUUUGUCGAGAGUCAAGAGCAGAGACGGACUCAAAUUAUCAAUUCUUGAUAAUGAUGGUAACCUUACUAAUAGGACAUCUAAUGUUGUAUACAAAGAAGUUUUUACUUACUUGUAA